UCUUCCUCCCCAGUCCCCACUAUAAAUCCUCCAUUUCGCCCGGACUCAACGACCUUUUUCUUUCCUUCUCGCGCUGGUUCGAAUCGCGAAUCUCCUAUCCGUUCUCGUUCCGAUCCAGUCGUCUUCUUCGCGAAAAAGCUCCGAUUCUUGAGAUCGCUAUGGCGACUUCUACUGCUUCGCCUCCUCCUUCCGCUUCGCCUUCUUCGUCUACGGUGGACGAGCAACCGAGGCAACAAGACCAGCAGCCUCAACAACAGCAGCAGCAGCAGGAGCAGCAGCUCCAUCAGCUUCAGCCCUCGAAUGGGACGGAGAAAGAAUGCAUCCACAAGACGAAGCUCAUACAGUUCCUCGGUCGCUCCACGCCCAUCGUCCUCCAGAACGAUAAUGGCCCUUGCCCUCUCCUCGCCAUCUGUAAUAUUCUUCUAUUGCGGAACAGCCUGAAUUUGAGUCCAGACACAGCUGAGGUUUCUCAAGAAAAAUUGCUGUCUUUGGUGGCUGAACGACUAAUUGAUUCCAACAGCAAUAUUAAUAAUAAGGAUGCUGGCUAUGUUGAAAAUCAACAACAGAAUAUUGCGGAUGCAAUUGAUCUGCUGCCACGUCUUGCGACCGGCAUUGAUGUAAAUAUAAAGUUCAGGAGGAUAGACGACUUUGAAUUCACCCGUGAAUGUGCAAUCUUUGAUCUGCUGGACAUUCCACUUUAUCAUGGUUGGAUUGUCGAUCCCCAGGAUAAUGAUACUGAAAUCGCGAUUGGAUCCAAGUCAUAUAAUACCCUUGUGGGUGAACUUGUUGCAUUAGAAACAAGAAUGAUGGAUCAAGAACAUAAGGAAGACAGUGGAGAAGACUGUGUUGAUUUUGCUGCUGCAGCUACUGCAGCCCUUGGAGUGCCUUCUCCAUCCCUUUCAAAGGUCAGCUCAUUUGAUGGUUCUCCGCGCUCAGUGUCUGAUACCCAGACACCGAGAAAGGGGGAUCUUGAAGAAGAAGCAGAGCUGAUGAGAGUUUUAAAGUUGUCGGAGAUUGAAGGACCUGAUUCAUCAAGUAACUCUUUCAUCGCGGGUAAUGGCACAUGCAGUAUCUCUUGUAACUUCGACGAAGGUAGUUGUCCCCAGAAGUUUGUACAUGCAGAUGCACUUGGUAUAUUACAGGAUUCUAGUGGAGUUGAAAAUAUCUCUUGUCAGUUGGAACCACCUCUCAUGGUUGCUGGUAUUACCCUGACUGAUGAGAACCAUCCAGUGAUUGCCAGAACUUGUCUGGGGGAAGUAGGUCCUCCAUCCUUAAAGACGGAUGUGGCAGACCACAUUCAUCAGUCUAAACAUGCAGAAAUUGGGGAGGCUGCCAUUCAGGAUGACUUGAUUGACCUGAGAGAUGUAGACACUUCGUUCCAGGUUGAAAAAGCUUCCGUAUUGUCUCCUGUUAAACUGGGUGGCACUAUGGAUGAGAGUUUGAGUUUAUGUUUGCGAGUAAAUGAAAAGGUAGAGACGCCAACUUCUCCAGUUUAUGCUGUUGAAACAGCUGAUUAUCAGACUGGAUGUGAUGCAGCGGAAUUUUUGAGUGUCUCUGUGCCAAAUGUCGAUUCAGAUUCGUCCAAUGGCAAAUUGCAGCACACAGAUGUUGCUGAACCUUUUACACCCAGCAUAGAUGGUAGUGAACCCAUAUAUGAGGGAGAGGAAUGCAUUUUGGAUUCUGGCACAGCAGCCUGUGAAGAUAGAGAACCUAUAUAUGAAGGCGAGGUGGUUCUUGCUAAACAAGCUGACAAAGCAAUCAUAGAUGCCUAUAAUGUCAGUAGUAAGGAUGAAAUGACCCCACAACAGGGGGAAUUAGUGCGAAAUUUCUUGAAGAGCAGCGCCAGUCAGUUGACCAUCUAUGGCCUUUUUAGUCUACAAGAAGGCCUUAAAGAGAGAGAGCUUUGUGUGUUCUUUCGUAACAAUCAUUUCAGUACCAUGUUUAAGUAUGAAGGUCAACUAUAUCUAUUAGCUACAGACCAAGGUUACAUAAAUCAGCCUGAUUUGGUAUGGGAGAAACUAAAUGAGGUCAAUGGGGACACCUUGUUUAUGACCAGCAAUUUUAAGGAAUUUAAGGUGGAAAGUCAUACAAAUGAUACAUGGGAUGAGCAUAAUGCCAUGGCCAAUACAGCUGACUAUCUUGCCAGCAUUGACAGAGCAACACAUGCAGGCUUGGAUAUGGAUUCCGACCAUCAAUUGGCGAUAGCUCUGCAGCAACAAGAGUUUGAGCAGCAACGACAACCACAACGCAGUAAUGUGCAACCACAGUCAAUUGGUGGUUCAAGGCUGAUCACUGGUCCCCAGGGGGGAAGAUAUGGAGGGAGAAAUCCAUCAUCUUCGAACAGGGCUGAUGCAAAAUCGAAGGAUAGAUGUACCAUUAUGUGAACAGCGUGCAUUGUAGGUGAGUUCGUGUUGUAAAUGGUUUGCCUUGUUCCAAUUGUAUGUCAUGAUACUAAUCAACCUUUCUGGUAAUAUAUGUGGAUUUUCGCUCAAUAUUUCAUUUUGUAAUGUAAAUAGAUAUCUAGGAAUUGCAUAUUCUUUUAGCAGCCUAGAAGCUUUGAUUUGUCGUUUCAUUUGUAAUGAAGCAUCACAUGGAAAUGAAUAUGUGGAUCAUCGCAUAGAAAGGAACCGCAUGAAUAAUACGGGAGUUAAGGAGAUACUGAUGGAGCCGGGUGACUCAAGGCUUUGAUAGUUUGGGAAUGCGUGUUUUAUGCUCCAAUGUUAUAUGGAGGUGAGAAGUUUGGAACAGUACUGCCAUCUAUACUGCAGUUGGAUUUGAUCCUCUAAUAAAAACUUUAUGCAGUGGGUUUUCUUUC